AGACAUGUACUCGCUGCUCCGCGCCGCGUUGCGCUCGGCGGCGCGGCGGCCGCUCGGCCCCGGAUCAGGCUCCAGCUCCAACCCACAACCGGCAUCGUGCCGCUGGCUGGCCCAGGGCCCUGGCCCCGUGGCGGCGGGGGGAGGCGGCGGCCACGGCGGUCCCGGGGGUCCCGGGGACGAGGAGCUGCGCCGCCGGCUGGACGGGCUGGUGAGGAAGCACAAGGUGGUGGUGUUCAUCAAGGGCACCCCGGCCCAGCCCAUGUGCGGCUUCAGCAACGCCGUGGUGCAGAUCCUGCGGAUGCACGGCGUCCAGCCGUACGGAGCCUACAACGUGCUGGAGGACCAGGAGAUCCGACAAGGUAUUAAAAAUUACUCCAAUUGGCCCACCAUCCCUCAGAUCUACUUUGACGGUGAGUUUGUGGGUGGAUGUGAUAUCCUGCUACAGAUGCACCAGAACGGGGACCUAGUGGAGGAGCUGAAGAAAAUGGGCAUUCGCUCCGCGCUCCUGGACACAGAGAAGGAGGACGCCAAGUAGAGCUGCCAGCGUCUCCCGUCACCAGGACCCCUGCCCUCACUCAAGUCGUGGGGCUGGCAUGUUGGUUUUAUUUUAGGUAUUUUUAUGUUAUUGGACCUUGGUGAAGGUGGGAACUCCAUGGACAGCCUGAUGUUGAUCUGAUGAUGGCAGCUUCAACCUGUUGGACAAUAUGAAACGGGUUCAACAACAGAUGCACAAUUGUGGUUUUUAUUACCCUGGGUUGACAGGAAUCAAUAAAAUAUUCUGUGCUUUUGCUAAUAAAAAUGUAUUUCUCGGGUGCUUCAAGCAAGCAGAUAGUGUGGCUACUGUAGACAUCACAGACUUGCAUAGAAACAGGCCCUUUGUCCCAAGUCCUUCAUGCUAACCCAAAUGCCUUCCUGAAAUAGUUCCUUUUGCUUGCACUUGGCCCAUAUUCCUCUCAACCUUUCCUAUCCAUGUACCUGCACAUUGUCUUUUAAAUGUUAUUGUACCUUCCUCAACUACCUUCUCUGGCAGCUUUUUCCAUAAACACACCACUCUCUGUGUGGAAAAAGUUGGACUUUAGGUACGUUGUCCUAUGAAAUCUUUCCCCUCUCACCAUAAACCGUAGCCUUCUAGUUUUAGACUACCCUGCACUGGGAAAAGGACUGGCCAUCCAGCUAAGGGCUUGGAUGAGGUGGGAUUUGUUCAAUGUGUUUCAGAAGGUGCUACCUGACACGCUGAGUUAUUUUAGCAGUAUAUCUUGCAGUUCCUCAUUUAACCUCAGCCACAUGUCAUUGCUCUUGUCUCAAAUCCUUUAACUAUAAGUUUAAUAUAUAAUUUCCUAAUUGCCAGAGUGUAGAGCUUUGUUUUGUAUGCUAUCCAAUCAAAUCAGAUAAUACUAAACAUAAAUACCAUCAGGUCAAACUCCAGUACAACAGGUGGAGCAAAGGGGAAGAUACAGAGUGCAGAAUAUAGUUCUCAGCAUUGUAGCGCAUCAGUUCCACAGACAAAGUCCAAUGUCUGCAAUGGGGUAGAGGUGAAUCGGACAGUACCCUAGCUUAUGGAAGGACCGUUCAGAAGCCUGAUAACGGAGGGGAAGAUGCUGUUCCUGAAUAUGGUGGUGCGCGCUUUCAAGCUUCUACCCGAUUGGAGUGGAGAGAUGGAGGAAUCACUGGGAUGGGAGUUUUUCGAUGUUUGUUCCACUAUAAACACUUACCAUUUAAACAAUA